UGCAAGCUUGUUUGCUGUUGCUCCAAGCUCCAAUAGUCCUGCUAUAUUUUCGCGCGUACACCAAUACCAGAGAUCUUUUCUCUGCUAAUACGAUAAUGAAUGUUUAAUAUGUUCUCUGCUACUGCACUUGAAGCAGCGUCGCGUAAAGCAAUAGCGUUGGUUCGUAGUUCGCUGUUGGCUGUUGCGUACGAACUUGUUGCUGGCGUGAUUUGAACAGACCGCCUUGUCGUGGACGAAAGAAGCUCACGCCGACAAAGUUGCCAACAAAUGGAAAUAGUUUAAAUUUCGCUUUCCGCUGAACAAGUUGACUUAUUUGACAAGUUGUGUUAUGAAUUCGAGUGAAUUUGAGUGACUUGUGUUGUUCAUUCUGUGUGUCAGCAGAGUAGUAGCUGGAAAAACAAAAAAUUAAAACUGCCAAGUGUAAAUGAAAUAAACAGUGAGUAAAGUGAAUAUAAAUUCGCGAAAUAUUUUUUUGUGUGGCGAGAAAAUUAACAUUUAAAAGGAGCGAAAAAAUAAUCAACGAAUUAAAACGACUUUUGGCGAUAGGCAAAACAUAGUGGCUUCGUGUGAUGAAGAGCCGGCAAACCAAAAAUUUGUGCGAGUUUUAUGCUGCAUGAAAACGCAAGUAAUGCACAAAGUACAGAACGAUAUACGUUUGUUGUGAUGUGCUUCGGUGUUGGCAUUUGAAUUUUAUAAUUUUGGAGAUACGACUUUGAAUAUCUUCGCUUAUUUCGGAAUAUUUCCCGUCUGAAUUGCGCAGAACUACAACGGCAACAAGCAUUAUGAUUGCAAGCGCGAACAAGCGAAAGUGAAUUUGAAAAAGUGUCAGAACAUCGAAAUUUGCUUUGACGGUUGGAUUUUUCGAUCGUCUAAAUAAUUCUGAUGGGAAUGCUUUCUUGCGUCUGUAGAACUUCGGGAUAAAGAAUUAUUUCAUCACGUUUGGCAAUUGCUGCAGUUUAAACUCAAAUUCAAAUAAAAAACUAAUCUAAAUAAUUGAAUAAAACUCAGGAAUCUAUUUGAAUAUAAUUAAAGCACUUUAUGAAACUCAUUAAAGACUAAUUUAAAUAUAUACACAUUAUAUUAAAAACCUCCACAAAACGUGAUUUUCUCAUCAAAAACAGCUAAAACUAUAGGUAUAACAAAGCCAAUAUUUAUACAUAAAAACGCAUACAUUUAAGUGUGUAAUGAAUAAUAGACAUUUUUGGUGCGCGAGUAAUUAUAUAAACAUACAAUUUUUGAUAAGAAACACGUAAGAAACUAAAUAUCAGAAAAAUAUAUGCAACUAGGCUUAGUAUUUCUACAGAUUUUUGGAACAUUGAGCAAUACUUGCAAGCAUUUGCAGACUCCUUUCGAUAUAUACCCAAAAUAGAAAAACGUCUUUACAAUCAAAACGAACAAAUCGCUUUACCUACAUUUUAAUUGUACGUGUAAUAUUACACUCGAGCAUGUCGCCUAAAAACUUAAAAUGUAAUUAGAGUGAACGAAACAAUUUUCACAACUUUAAAGAGCUGUGAAAAUUUUGAAUCCUUCUAAAAAUGAAAGUUUUUAACACCAAAUAAUAAAAUUCAGUAUCAAAACAAAAGAAAGAAACUAAUGAAAAAAUUCUAACAAUUUGACGCUCAAAAACCAAUCAAAAUCAAAGUCUAAAAGCGUCGCCGCCAAUCCAAAUGCUACUUAUGGCGCCACGACGUGACAGCAAUAGCGCCAACAGCAACUCCAGCAUUUUAAUUCAGCAUCAAAUUCAACACCAACAACAGCAACAAACUCAGCAAGUCCAGCAGCAGCCACACGCAUUUCUAUACUCCUCAUCGUUAUUCAGCAGGGCCACUUUGCUUGAGCCCACUAACGGCACCACCGCGAUCACUAACAGUAGCAACGAUAGUCUUAUCACCAACAGCAGCAACUUAAAUAACAGUAACAACAACACCAUUAUCAUGCCGCCCAUGCAAACGGGUAAUCUGGCACAUGCAACGCUGAAUGGGGCUGCUUCUGGCGGUUCGACCUCGGUCACCCAGAAUGGGCAUCAUCAACAUCAUGUCGGCAACAUCAGCAACAAUAACAACAUUAAUAAUAAUAUAAAUGGCAAUAGUAAUAUUAAUAUUCAGGAUCAAUUCACCCGGUGUUGCUAUCCCAAUGGGGAAUGCUUGAAACUGGAUGCCUCCCUUAUUGUGCUGGACGACCUCAGCGAUGUUGUGCGUGUCCUUUGCAAUAAUGAGAAUUGCAACAUGGGCCAAUACAUGCACCGUGAAUGCUUCGAUGCGUGGGAGCAAUCCGUGUUGGCCACACUGAAGUCAAUGGGGCGCGCACGUACGUGGUCCGAUCGCCAGCGCAGUCAAAAUUUGUGGACAAAGAAAGGAUAUGAUUUGGUUUAUAAGGCAUGUGUGUGCAAAUGUGGGCACGGUCACAUCCGUAAGGAUCUGGAUUGGACGCCACCAGUGCAGAUAGCAGGCGCUAAGUCUAGUUCAACGAUAAAUGGCGGGCAAUAUGGAAAUGUAAAUGGUGGGCUAGUAGCUGGCGGUGUGAACCAGCAGCGCCUGCUGGUGGUCAAUGGCGCCAACGGCAAUGGCAUAGGCGGCAGCACCGCCGAGGAAGAUGACAAAAAGAAAAAGAAGAAAAGAAAUCGUAAUAAUAAUGGGACGAAACCAACUCUGGUAUCUGUAAAUUCUAAUAGCCAUGCUGCAAAUGGACAACAGCAAGGACAAAUGCCACAAUCGCCUGUACAGGCCCAACAGACUUUGCAACAACAACCAUCGGAAGUUGCUCAACAGCAGUCGGCAAAUGUCUUGCUAAACGGACAGCAGAGUAGUGGAAGCAAUAUUAGCAAUGGGAUCAGCGCCAUAUGCACACCCAACAACACCAACAAAACCGCUGGCAACGCAAUUAUCGCGAAUAAUCCCAACAAUACGCUAAUUUGCAGCAGCAAUAACAACAACCAACUCAGCGCAAUAACCAAUUCGAGUGUUGGAGUUAUAGGCUCUGGUCUGCACAAUAGCAGCAACACCAGCAACCAACAACAGCCACAGCAGGUACAGGGUCAACAGCAGCAACAACAACAGGGUGUUACCUCUUUGAAUAAUAUUUUGGGCGUAGAUUUGCGUGAUCGAGCUGGCAGUUUGUCGUCGAGCGGCGGUGGCAGCGGCUCCACAUCGCCAUCAGCCUCCCACUCGAGCGGCGACAUUUCCAUAUCGCCCAUACAUCACAAUCCACAACAGCAACACCAACAACAACAACAUCAAAUGCAAUUGCAACAAUACCAGCAGAGUUUGUUGCAACAGAAUGGCUUAUCGAAGAGUAUCUUAAACGGAGCACUAAACGGCUGCGUCGAUACCAUUCAGCGCAAUGCUGCGCUAUUGGCAGCACAGCAGCAGCCCACGGGCACUCCGAUUGUGGGUGGCAUUGGCGCCGCUAACGGAUUAAAUGGGAUAAAACAAUUGAGUAUUUAUGAUCAGCAUUUGGUGCAGCAGCAAAAGAACAAGGAGGUGGAGCUCUAUUCGGAGCGUGUACGUUUAACAUCGGGCUGUAAUGGCAUAUUUUCGCGUCGCUUGGAUUUUUCAUCAUUCAAUUUGUUGCCGAAGACCCGCUUGAAUUCCUAUCAAGUCAAGGUAAGUGAAAAUAAGAAUGAUCAGAUUUUGCUUAUGCAGUCCUAGGAACAGCUGUUUUAA